AUGGCCUCCUACAGAAUAUCUCUAGGUUGCACGCACGAAGAGCUCCUACGUCGCCUGAGAGACUCGGUAGAUCUCCCCACUAUCGAGUCCCGGAUCGACCAGGAUCAGUUUGUUCCACAACAUCACAUCGGACCAAGCGGUCAAGCUGCCAUUCUCCUCGGUACCGAUGGUGCAGACGGGAUUAGCUUGAAUAGAGUGGCUACAUCUCGUCUUGUGCUUCGUACUAUGCCUUGGGGCAUGGUCGCCCAGCAGAAGGUCAAGCACCAGAUCAAAGAUGUCACGACCUACCUCACUGGCGCAGAAAUGUUAAGGAAGAAUUCAAUGAGAUGGAAAAGCAUAAAGGGUUCAAAGCGCUGUGCUGUAGUCUGCCUAGGGUACCAUUUCUGGCAUCAUACUGCACCGCCAAGCACCUCCAAGGUCCCUUACUUUGUUCGUUUCGACGACAACCGACUCAUGUUCCUCGCCGGUCUGUAUGACGAGUGUUCGAGAGCCGAUGAUCCUUUGGACAUCACAUCCCGUUUUGCGCUCGUGACUACCAAGGCCAACGCAGAGAUGAAAUGGCUCACGGAUCGACAGCCUGUUAUACUCUCUACAGCAGCAGAUGUAAACGCUUGGCUCGAUGUCUCCUCUGGUCUCUCGUUUCCGCAGCUACAUCACCUUUUUGAACCACAUGACCAGAGUGACCUGGAGAAGAAGUUGACAUGGUACCAGGUGCCGAAGGAACUCGGUGACUCACGCAAGGACUCCCGCGAGCUCACACUGCCUGUCCAUAAUCGUCCUGAUGGGAUAGAGACCGUGAUUGCAUCGAUAGUUCCCGAUAUCGAGGAAGUGCAGCCUCCGCAGGCCAGCGGGUCGACGGUGGUGUCCUCGUCGCAGCCCGGGACGGCCACCCAGAUCGCGUCCUCGUCGUCUCAGGCUAUCGCCACGGCAUCGUCGUCAACCCAGGCUACGCCGUCGCAGCCUGCAACCUCCAUUCCGGCUUCUCAAGGGAUUCGUCCUACCCGUGCGCAUGCCAGACCCAAGGUGGAGGGUGGCGUAGAAAAGCGCCGGGCUGCCAAAGCCAAGAAAUUCAAAGGCGAACCAGUGCCGCCGGAGGGAAAGCUUGACCAUUACUUCAAUGGUCGAAGUCAGUGA